AUGAAUAAAAAUAAAAAAGACACGAAAGCACCAUCCAGAGCUACGAAGAGACAAGCAGCAUCGGUAAUUACGAAAAGCCAUACCACAAAUCCAGUGUUAAACUCAAACCAAUAUGCCCCGUUGACUAUCGAAGAAAGUGAGGGUGACGAAGUCGAAAUUACAAGAGAAACAGCUCCUACAAGAAAACUUAAGAGCAAUACCCAAGCAAGCACAGUUAUAAUCGGAGAUUCAAUGAUAAAAUAUAUAGAUAGUAAACGACUGCUUCGAGGAAUUAAGAAAAAUGGUCAGAUCUCUAGAAGAACCGCAAUAAGGGCAGAAACUUAUCGGGGAGCUGGCGUUGACGAUAUGAAGCACCAUAUUAAACCGUGCUUGCAAAGAAAGCCGGAAAAAAUAAUAUUACAUGUGGGAACAAACGAUAUCGGUAGCAAAAGAGCAAAAGAAUUAGUCAAAGGAAUUAAUGACAUAUGCGAAAUAAUUCAGAAAGAUAGUCCGACCUCUGAAGUAGCUGUGUCACUGCUGGUUACAAGAGCGGAUAGACCAGAAUACAAGACAAAGAUAGAAAAGGUAAACAUGGCAUUAAUAGAUUACUGUGAGAGUAAAAAUAUCCAAGUAAUCGACCAUGCUAACAUUGAAACUAAACAUUUGAAUCCCUAUGGGGUUCAUUUAAGUAGAUUAGGCACGUCGAUAAUGGCCAGAAACUUUUUAUCUUACAUAAACAAUGUUGAAAACAACUGA